AUGGCCGCGAGGUCAUGUUUACAUCUUCUCAUCGUCCUCGCCGUCGCCGUCGCCGGCGGCUUGCUACAGGCAGCUCGCGGGCAGCCCGACAGCAACGGUUUCAUAAGCAUAGACUGCGGCCUGUCAGGGAAGGCCGGCUACGUCGACAACGCCACCAAGUUGUCCUACUCGCCGGACGCCGCCUUCACCGACGCCGGCACCAACAACAACAUAUCGGCGGAGUACUUGUCGCCGGCGAACUCCAGGAUCUUCGACAACGUUCGCAGCUUCCCCGCCGGCGCCGCGCCGCGGAGCUGCUACACGCUGCGGUCGCUGGUGCCGGGGCUCAAGUACCUGGUCCGCGCCAGCUUCAUGUAUGGCAACUACGACGGCCUCCGAAGGCCGCCGGUGUUCGACCUCUACGCCGGCGUCAACUUCUGGAGGACGGUGAACAUCACGGAUGCGGCAGCCUCGAUCACGGCGGAGGCCAUCAUCGUUGUGCCGGAGGACUCGAUGCAGGUCUGUCUCCUCAACACUGGCGCCGGGACGCCCUUCAUCUCCAGCCUUGACCUGAGGCCGCUCAAGAACUCUCUCUACCCGCAAGCGAAUGCCACGCAAGGCCUGGUCAUGGUCAGCAGGGUAAACUUUGGCCCCACUGAUACGUUCAUCAGGUACCCAGAUGAUCCGCGCGACAGAGGAUGGCGGCCAUGGAUCGACACGAUGAGAUACGUGGAGGUAUCGACGACGAAGACAGUGCAGAACGUGGAAAAGGACUUGUUCGAGGCGCCGUCGGCGGUGAUGCAGACGGCGAUCACGCCGCGCAACGCCUCCGAUAGCAUCGAACUCUACUGGACCGCCGAUCCGAGCGCUGCCGCCGGCGACCCUCCGCCGGGGUACAUCGCCAUUAUGCACUUCUCCGAGCUGCAGCUCGUCCAGGGCAACGCCGUUCGCGCGUUCAAUAUCAGCCUGAAUGACCAGUGGCUGGACAUUGGCAUGACGCCGGACUACCUCUACGCCGAUGCCUCCUUCAACACCGUGCCCUUCCGGGGCUCAAGCCGGUACAACCUCACGUUCCGUGCCACCGCCAACUCGACGUUGCCGCCCAUCAUCAACGCCCUGGAGAUUUUCUCGGUCAUCCCUACCACCAAUGUGCCCACUGACGGCAAGGAUGUUUCUGGUAUCACGGCGAUCAAGAAGCAGUAUCAGGUGAAGCAGAACUGGAUGGGUGACCCAUGUGUUCCAAAGACACUAGCAUGGGACUGGUUGACCUGUAGCUAUGCUAUUUCCAGCCCUCCAACAAUCACAGGCGUAAACCUUUCAUUCAAUGGUCUGCAUGGGGAUAUAUCAUCUUCCUUCAGCAAUCUCAAUGCUCUCCAAUACUUGAAUCUCUCUUACAACUUAUUGACCGGCUCAAUUCCUAAGGCCCUGUCACAAUUAUCCUCACUGACAGUGCUAGAUUUGACAGGAAACCAGCUCAGUGGAUCAAUUCCCUCUGAACUACUCAAAAGAGUGCAUGAUAAGUCCCUCGAUCUAAGAUAUGACAAUAAUCCGGACCUUUGCAUCAAUGACACUUGUCCCUCUCCAAAUGGGAAGCCCAAACUAGCUAUCUAUAUCUCUGUCCCUGUAGUUGCAGUCACGGUGAUACUAGUGUUAGUUUUAUUUUGCUUGCUAAGACGAAAAACCAAAGGCUCAGCAAAUAAUACUAUCAAUCCACACAAUGAGCCAACAAGCCAUUCUCACGGAAGUGGCAGCUAUGGACAUGGUUCGAUGCAGUUUGAAAACCGUCGGUUCACAUAUAAGGAUCUACAGAUGAUAACAAACAACUUUGAGCAAGUGCUUGGCAAAGGAGGGUUUGGGUAUGUCUACUAUGGUAUUUUGGAGGAGGGCACUCAAGUGGCAGUCAAAUUGCGGUCUCAAUCGUCAAAUCAAGGUGUAAAAGAGUUCCUUACAGAGGCUCAGAUUUUGACCCGGAUUCAUCAUAAGAAUCUUGUCUCGAUGAUUGGUUAUUGCAAGGAUGGAGAGUACAUGGCACUUGUUUAUGAGUACAUGUCUGAAGGAACCCUGGAAGAGCAUAUUGCAGGAAGAGAUCACAACAAGAGGAACUUAACCUGGACAGAGAGACUCCGCAUUGCGCUUGAAUCUGCACAAGGGCUAGAGUACCUACACAAAGGGUGCAGCCCACCCGUCGUUCACAGGGAUGUCAAGGCAACAAACAUCUUACUUAACACGAACUUGGAGGCUAAGAUCGCGGAUUUUGGCUUGUCUAAGGCAUUCAACCGUGAUAGUGACACACAUGUAUCAACAAGUAUACUUGUUGGAACACCUGGAUACAUUGAUCCUGAGUAUCACGCAACAAUGAUGCCAACAACCAAAAGUGAUGUAUACGGGUUUGGUGUGGUGCUUUUAGAGCUGGUCACGGGGAAGUCACCCAUCCUUCGUACCCCGGAGCCAAUCAGCCUUAUCCAUUGGGCACAACAGCGCAUGCAAUGUGGAAACAUCGAGGGUGUGGUGGAUGCACGCAUGCACGGUGUCUAUGAUGUCAACAGUGUCUGGAAGGUUGCAGAGAUAGGACUAAUGUGCACUGCACAGGCAUCGGCACAUCGGCCUAUGAUGACUGAUGUAGUGGCAAAACUGCAAGAAUGCCAAGACCUCGAGCAUGGUCGCGCUGGCAGUGUUGCCGAGCCCUCAAUUGACCAUGUCAGCAAAACUAACACCAUAUUUGAAAUAGAUCGCCUGGAGAGGAUUCCACUGCCAACCAUGUCUAGUGGUCCAUCAGCACGAUAAAAGAGUUAUGACACAUGUAUGAAAGUGAAAACUUUUGAGUUGCCAUAAAGUUUAUACAUACAAUAGUGCAUUUCCA